UCUGCAAGACUCCUCGACCGCGAUAAUAGCAGUGCUGAUCGGACUCUAGCUGUGGAAGCACACGACGCGAGAAACGGACAUAUCGGACAGACUCCGUUUCUGUCUUUUGCCAAAACUCGUUUUCGUUCGGUUUAUCCCGCAGAAUUGCUCGUGCUCGUGUGGCGUUGGCAAAAAGCUCGCGCGGACAAAACAAAAGACAACAACACAUGAACGCAGAGAGACAGAGAGAUAGCGAAAUUAACGAGCGAAGCUUCGGCAGUACUUAAAUAGUAUAGUUAAAGGCACCUGCGACUCCUGCGAGAGCGAUCGCGCCUGCACAAGAAAUUAAUUGCACCGGAGACUGGAAUUACUAUACAAUUAUUAAUUGUACCUAGUGUCGUCGUGUGCGCGUCGUGUGCCAUUGCCAUCAUCAUUACUGGCACCAUUGUACCAGGCUUCAGAUACAAAACACGACAGUGAAGCUCAAGCCGAACCAGAGCAGUCCUCCCUCCCCUCCUGCAAAGCCCGGACGUAGCUGUUUACUACAGCAGCCGUAGGAGUAGCUGGAGCAGUAAGACCCAGGCAAAGAAAGAUCAAGAGAUGGCAUUCAACGGGGACGGACCACACUCGAAACGCCAGCGGCUCGAGGAGACCAGUCACAGGAACCACGAGUACAGCGGAUACGGCGAGGAGCCCCGGCGUAAAAGGGAAGACAACAACAAGCCAAACCACGUGCUACUGUUUACCGUCAUAAAUCCAGUGUACCCGAUCACUGUGGAAGUCUUGCACGCCAUCAGUCACCCGAGCGGACAGGUGCAGCGCAUCGUCAUCUUCAAAAAGAAUGGCGUCCAGGCCAUGGUUGAAUAUCCUUUUUCAUGCAACAUUUCCCAUUUCUAUUGUCUAUUUUUUGUGUUGCAGCCGACGAAAUUGAACGUUUACAAAAAUGAUUCGGAGAGCUGGGACUACACCACGCCUGCGAUCGGAGUGAGCGCGCACAAGAACGACUCGACCAGCGGCAGGCCGGCACCCCUGCUCGCCGAGCCGCGCUACGGUGCUGCGCCCCAGCCGUACGGUAAGUCAGGUGGAGUGCAGUUCGGAGCGGGAGCGGGUGCCCAUGACAGAUACGAGGAGGGCUUUAACGGGCCAGCGGCGUACGCCGAGCCCUACGUCGAGCGGUACGGGAUCAAAUCGGCAGCUGAGUUUGCGGGAAGGGAGGCCCUGCACCCGACCCCCGCCGGCCGGCCCGGCUACGUGCCCGCUCUCGGCCAGAGUCCAGCCACGAGCAGCCAAGGCUCGGUCAUGAUGGUCUACGGCCUCCAGCCGGACAAGCUCAACUGCGACAAGCUCUUCAACCUGUUCUGCCUCUACGGCAACGUCAGCAAGGUCAAGUUCCUCAAGACCAAGGAGGGCUGCGCCAUGAUACAGAUGGGCGACAGCAUAGCCGUCGAAAGGUGCCUCCAGAACCUCAACAACGUCACCAUCGGCAACGAAGCCAAGCUCCAGCUCGGCUUCUCCAAACAGGCGUUCCUCUCGGACGUCACGAAUCCGUACCUCUUGCCAGACAAGACGCCCAGCUUCAAGGACUUUACCGGCAGCAAAAACAACAGGUUUUUGAAUCCAGCGAUGGCCAACAAGAACCGAAUACAGCCACCCUCGAAGAUCGUGCACUUCUUCAACACGCCGCCAGAUCUAUCCGAGGACACGGUCAACCACGUGUUCGUCGAGCAGGGCGUCGAAACACCCUCGACCGUCAAGCUCUUCCCGCUCAAGUCGGAGCGCUCGUCGUCCGGUUUGAUCGAGUUUGGCAGCGUGGGCGCGGCCGUAGCUGCCAUUAUGGAGUGCAAUCACACCGCCAUCGAGAACAGCAACGGCAAGUUCCCGUACAUAAUGAAGUUGUGCUUCUCGUCGUCGCGCACCAUACCGACCAACUUCCCACCCGGCAGCGGAGGUAGCUCGUCCGCCGGCACGCUGUCCAACAACGGCCACGUCAAAAUGCAGCAGGACUCGGAAUAGAACGGCGAGGCCCAGGGCCAGCAGCGUCAGCAGCGCCAGCAGCCGCCACCCCCAUCACCCCAGCAGCGGCAGCAGCAGCUCCAACAACAACA